UGUAUAUAAGACAGAGCGAAGGUGUUAGAGCACUCUCAAUUUCUCCAACAACAUGAAGCUCCUCAUCCUGCUGUCCAUCUGCUCCUGGCUGGCAUUGAAUGCCGGCGCUGAGCCGACUCCCUGUGUGUCGCCUCCACUGUUGGUGGGAAGCAUUGCAAUGACCGGGCAAGAUGGCAUCCUCAUGUCUGCAGGACAAUAUGCAUAUGAUGCUGUAAGCGAGCAGAUUCGUUUCAAUGACUAUGGGACAUACAAGAACAGGACGUUCUCCUUCGACUUUCUCAUGCAGUUCAAGCAGGGCAUUGUGUAUGAGAUUGAUUCCACCAGAUCCACCUGUAAGAAGUUUGCGAUGAAAAGCUCCUUCCAUCCUAUGCGGAUUCCUACAAAUGCAAAAUUCCUGAGUGAAAUCAUUUUAGGAACUACUUCCAUCCCUCAAAUGGGUCUACAGAUUACUACUUGGGAAGGAGAGGAUGCAGAGACAAAAGCCAAGUAUGUGCUCACCUUCACUGACUACAGCUGCCUGCCAGUGUCAGCUGUGAUCUACACUAAGGAAUCUGGAUGGAUAACUGUGGCUUUCUACAACCAGCUUCUUGGCAUUCAGGACCCCAUGGCCUUCGUCCCUCCUGCUCUCUGUGAAACAGCUGUUGUGGAGUCCACGACAGACUUCUUCAGAGCCCUGAACUCAAAGCACACCUAAUCUACACUGCUUCUUCACUGUAAUGACUCAGAUCUGAUUUACAUUUAGCAUUUAAACAGCCCUGAUCACAUUUACUUUUAUAUCAAAAGUUGGUCCAGAAACUCAGAUUUCUGUAAAUACUGGUUACAAAAUAAAACAUACUGACAACAUUUUCAUGAAAAA